AUGAUGUCUUUGAGUGCAUUGCAAGGAGCAACCAUUGUCUUUGGACACGCCGUUUUCACUAGAGUUCUUUUGAGUUUCACUUUGAGGACCUAUCAGUACCUCGAAUGGGAUACCAAGCGCAAGUCUCAGAUUGAAACCAAUGCCAUUGUGAAGGAGUAUCAAAAGGCGAUCUCGAACGAAGGAGAAUAUGCUGCCUUGAUUGUGGCACCUCUAUUGUUCCUUGCCGCUACCACGUCGGGUGGUGAUGAUGGUCUCUCGCAGGCUGCGACGGUGACAGCUUGGAGCCAAGUUGCCUAUGUCUGGGUUCGCACAGCGAUUGGCUAUCCCAAGGUCCCCACCAUUGUGGUUGCCGUGACGAGGUACGCUGGACUUGCUUUGAUUGCGGCGGAGAUGUACAAGGCGGCCUUCUGA